UACUUCACGUCACCCCACCCGUCUGCCUGGCGUCUCCUCCUUGAAGCCCUCUCCUCCGACCAGUCCUUUGAGCGAAUCCGGGCUCAGACGAUAAACAUACUCGGAGAGAAAGCGGACAGAGCCACAACACAGACUCUAAAACCUCACCUAGUCUACCUGCUCCAACUGGAGGGGAACAGAGAGGCGGUAGAGGAGGACGCACGGCGCACAAGUGCAGGCGCGUCCCUGUGCGCCAGCUGAACAACGCAUCAGGCGGGCAAAGAGAGCAGAAAUCAAUUGGAAUAAGAGUUCACGUCGACAACACUGGAGAAGCGUGCAGCUUAGUUAGAAGACAGCCUAAAUGAGUACAUGGUAAGAAGAGUCAUGCAUCUCAACCAAGAAAUCAGCAGCAAAGGCUCAGUGUCACUCAGUGUACUCCUGCUCUCUGUUGCAGUCGUAGUAUGUGCCAUUUGGCUCGUAGCUUUAUGUGGGAUCUGCACCUGGUGUCAACGUAAACUGGGGAAGAGAAAUAAACCGGGGAUGGAGGCUGCCAGCUCUCCAGAUUCUGUGAGAGGUCGAGGAGAAAAUAAAGCCAUCAACGAUCUAGACAGAGACUUUUGGAAUAACAAUGACAGCAGCAACGUGCAGCAGAGGUGGAGCUCCUACCCGCCCAAGGAGUUCCUCCUCAAUAUGUCUCCCUACGCUCCCUAUGGAGACCCUCGCCUCACGCCCAAUGGGGCUGUGGAUAAGGGUGGGCAGGGCGGAGCUGGACCCUCACCAGGGGCCAGUGACAUCGGGGGUGGCGCUUGCUCCAGUACAGGAGCAGGGCCAAGUCGCAGCGACAGCAUUCGGAGCAUGGUGACGGGGGGCAGCAAGGCCGGGCGCUGGCAGACCCUCCAGAGCCACAUGCAUGCUGGAGCCCUGCGGUUUAGCAAUUUCGGGGAUGCUUCCCUCUCGUCUGCCUCCACUCUGGAGCACAUCCCGUCAUCGGCUGUCGCGCGUCCCCGACCUCUUGUCCGCCAGCAGAGCCUCCAACAGCCCCUCACUCACCAGCCCCCUCCGGGUCCCAAUGACCCCCCGGUCACCUCACAGAGCCUGGGUCAGUUGCACACAGGCCCAGGCGGCGGGGGCCACCGUGGGGGCCCGCGAGGGGUCCGGGGUAGUCCGGCUGGAGCUUCCAGGUAUAGAGGGACAGGGGCUGGCCGAUCACGGUCAAAUCCAGGGAGCUGGGACCACAUGAUGGAGCAGAUUCGCCACAGAGGUCUGGACGUCAAGUCAUUCCUUGAGGGGAAGAUGGUUGUUCUGUCUCUAGCAAUCGGGCUGGCUGAACAGGAUGACUUUGCCAACCUCCCAGAUCUCCAGGAAGCUCCGGCAAGCAAAGAAAAUGAAACCACACCAGAUAAAAGAACUCCAGGAAACAAACCAGGCAGCAGUCCCAGAGGUCAGACCCCAGAUGAAACAGGACGUCGCCAGGGGCAGAACCACGAAGCCAACUCUUCUGUCACAGACUUAGCCAACUCGGUCACCAGUGACGUGCUUAUGCUCUCACCAGGUUCUGAGGAGGAAGAACACGAGGGGCCAGUGUGUGAGAAACUGGGUCGCAUCCAGUUCAGUGUUGGAUAUAGCUUUCAGGACUCGACGCUCACUGUCAAAAUUCUCAAAGGCCAGGAUUUGCCUGCUAAGGAUUUUUCAGGCACAUCUGAUCCUUUUGUGAAAAUCUACCUGCUCCCAGACAAGAAGCACAAAUUGGAGACUAAAGUGAAGAGGAAGAAUCUAAACCCUCACUGGAAUGAAACAUUUUUAUUUGAAGGCUUCCCCUAUGAAAAGGUGGUUCAGAGGACUCUCUACCUGCAGGUUCUUGACUACGACCGAUUCAGCAGGAACGACCCCAUCGGGGAGGUGUCCAUCCCCCUCAAUAAGCUGGACCUGGCCAACAUGCAGACUUUCUGGAAGGAGCUGAAACCGUGCAGCGAUGGCAGUGGAAGUCGAGGGGAUCUCCUAGUGUCUCUGUGCUAUAAUCCCACAGCCAACACCAUCACUGUGAGCAUCAUCAAAGCACGCAACCUCAAAGCCAUGGACAUUGGAGGCACUUCUGACCCAUAUGUAAAAGUGUGGUUGAUGCACAAAGACAAACGUGUGGAGAAGAAGAAGACGGUGGUAAUGAAACGCUGCCUGAACCCUGUUUUUAACGAGUCCUUUCCCUUUGACGUGCCGGCCCACGUGUUGAGGGAGACCACCAUAAUUAUCACCGUCAUGGACAAGGACAGACUCAGUCGCAAUGAUGUCAUUGGAAAGAUUUAUCUUUCAUGGAAGAGUGGACCCGCAGAGGUAAAACACUGGAAAGACAUGAUAAGUCAUCCUCGUAACACCGUGGCCCAGUGGCACUCUCUCAAAGCCUGAGGGGCCCAGCAGCCAAACAGCCUAAAGUGUUACCAGUCAAACACCAAGACCCCUAUCCCUCUCCCCAACCUCCUCCUCUGAGAAGUCAACGUGAGCCUCUCAGCACACAUCCCUUUCCCCCCUAAAAGCAGUGUUGGGCUGUGGACCAUGUGUCACCUCUUUGUUCUCAGGCCUCUUUGAUAUUCCUCGCCCUCAGUCCUUGUGAACCUGCCCGAAAAUUGCGCCCUCUUGUCGAGUUCUGAUUGCCACCUGACUCCUUCACAUUGGUUCGUCUGAACCUAAAAAUGUCUUUGAUGUCUUAGCUCCCUUGUGCCCUCUUUUUAUACCAUUUAUUUCCUGAGAUCUCUCAAUCUUUUCUUCCGUCAUGUCGGUAUCGGCCUGUCCCAGAGUCUGCCAUCAGAGCAGAGGCUCUUGCUGCCCAUGGAUGCAAACUACCAGCCAAAAAUGAAUCAAACUGAUAGUCAAAUCAUCCUCUGUGGCAGGAAGAGGGACUGUGUUUGAACGGGUGUGACCUGUGGGAUUCGUGCACCACCAAAUGUCUUCACUCCUUCCAUUUUCGUCUCUGAUCCUCCAUAUUCUCAAAAUGCCUAAAAAAAAAAUCAGGAAUCCGGCACAGAAGAAGUGACUGAGUGAAUUUCAAAUGGACUGGAAGUGGACUCUGUCGUUUAGGUUUUCUUUGAUCAAUUUCCCUCCUCACUGCCACCUCUGUAAUAAUUCUCCCCUGGCUGAAACCCUUUUGUCGUCUGUGUGUGAUGUGGGUGACGUGCCGUUGUCUGAAACAAUGUCCUUCAAUUAAAUAAAGGGGUAUGAACAUGAACAUUUAACACUGGUUAGAAAAGGUGAGUGUGGAAAAUAUUUUUCUCUUAGAAAAGAAAUCCCUCUGGACCAAAUUUAGGAGUAAAGUGAUUAUUCUGAUUUUUCUUUCUUUUUUGGGAGGCAUAGGUUCAACAACUGUUCUUCCAAACACAUAAAAUAAUCAAAAAGUCUCUUCCAACUGUGCGGUAGUGUAGAUAAAUGUGUGCAUGUGUGAGUGGGUAUUUUAGACCUGCGCUGCUAAAUUUAAACUAUUGAGGUACACAAAACAUUCCUGAUGCUGAAGAUAGAAUUAGUAGAAAUGAUCACCUAAUUUCUCUGGAAGGAAACCCAAAUUAUGAAUGCAGAAUACAGAAGUCAAGUUAAUUUGUAAUUUCAAACUGGUAGUUUGAAACAAACUUGCAGCACCCGUCAACCUGAUAAAGAUGUGUAAAAAGCCUUAAAGUGAAUUAAUAUUUGGAGUGGCACAUUGUAUAGGAGUAGAGUGUUCAGCUCAUUAUUCGGACACUAGCCGUCCAGGAUUCAUUUCCUUACCAUGUCAUCCCGGAGCCCACUAGUGCCACAAAUCAGAAAUAAAGUGAUGUUUUAUUGAAGCACCAACAUUUUCUCAUGUUUUUUAAAUGUAUUUAUUCAUUUAAUCUCCCUUAACCAUCCUGCAAACCAUGAGUGGUAACUGAAUACAUUUUGCCCAUUGCCCAACCAUGUUUGUCACAGUUCCAAUUGGUUGAAAAUUGGUUCAAACAUUUCAAUAAUUGCUAUUACUUAACUGUAUGAGCAAAUUUAGGUAUCUAUUUGCCUGGAACCAUUUUCUGUCCACUAGAAAUCACAAAUCAGCCUCACCUAAAUAGCAUAUUUUCCUCAGUUUACUAUGUUGGAAAGUGACUGAAAGAGUCACGACGGUGUGUAUUUUUUAUUUUAUGUUUCUUCAAAAAUUUUACUUCCCCCCCCAACUGAAUGCACAAAAUGCAUUAAAUUCUGUCACUGCAAUAAAAACUAAUUUAUUUGAAGGCUGUUUAUACAUCUUUAGUGGGGUUUCAGUUAGUGGUAAAAUGCUCUAUGUGCCUGAUAUGAUCUGUUGAAAAAUAUUAUUGCAAUGGUCUAAAUCACUUCAGUUUCACAUCAUAAUAAUGUUAAGAGAUGUCUUAGUAAAGAGUGCAAAACCUAAAUCGUAUGGGAAUUUUUGUUUGCUUGUCAGUGGAUCCUUUGGGUAUAACGUUGAAACAAAUGAUGGCAGAAAUCAAAUAUUUUUUUUUACAAGAUAUUUUUUUAAGGGCUGAAUUUAAAAAAACAUGAAUAAAUAAAUAAAAGAACCUUAGUGUCAUAAAAUGUGUUAUUUAUGUACAUUGCAUUUAAAUACAAAAACACUGCCAGUGUAAAGCAACAAAUACACAAAGGGAUGAAAAAUGUAAUAUUCUAAAUUGAAAUGGGAAAGGAAGAAGUACACAGGUCAUAAAGUAAUCAUGCAAGAAAGUUAGUACAUAAUCUCAGGAAAGCUGAUGCUAAAAUAAAAAAAAUGAUUAUUGAAUCCAUCCAAUGGAAUAAAAAUGUGUUCCUGACAGAGAAAACUGACUCAAAGUCCUUUUUUUUGUUCCUUACUCCUGAUGUUGAACUGAACCCUUAUCCUAAAGAAUCAAAAUAAGCCUGUACUUUUACCCUUUACUUAACUUGUUUUGAAAAUUUAUCUGAACUUAAAGAAAAGAAAUAAGAAGAAAAUGGCCAGAGUGUAAAUUGUGACGUAAUUACACAUUCCAGUAAAUGAAAACCUACACUGUGCUUGUCAAGCACUGAGAACUGCAGUGCCUAGACUUAGUUAGAGCUGAUUUUAUGUUGGGCUGGGGUCUGAUUGAAGUACAGGUCAGCUUCCUGAGUGUUUGUUUUACUGCCUGAGAAUGACCUCCAUCACAUCCCACUUAGACAUGUAUUGAUCACGUGAAUGAAAACAAAUAGGACUAAUAAAAUCUGAGGGAAGUACUUUUACAUUCCACAGUUUGUGUUUGUCUUCUGGAGGUGUGUAUGUGUGUCUGCACUUUGUGCGCGUGUUGAUAUUUGGACUUUUUACUCUCUAUGUGCAUCUACAAUGAGCUAGAGUUUGCCAUUUUGAUGCUGAUCGGCAUUGUUUACUGUUUUUUAAUCCUGUAUAGAUUCAGAUGUACAAAGACAAGUGUUGUUGUUUUGGUUUUCUUAAAGAUUGUCGGUUUUUUGUAAGCAUCACAGCACUUGUUAACAACAAUGCUGGAGCAAACCUCUCUUCACACCAGGGUUAUUCCAUUGUGUCUGGUUUGGCUUGAGGGUUAAAACUCUUAAAAAGAAGCCAAGAGUCUUGAGAUUAAACAUCCUUACCCGGACUAUCAUAAUCCAGAGUUUUUGUUUAGACCAAAGCAGCUUCCGGCAUUCUGGAAUGUCCAGCGCACUGACUAUCUGAUUCUGUCUCACUCAAAUGGCGUCUCCUUAACAUCUCAGCUGGCGCGCCACCAAAAUGCCCCCAUUGUGCACACAUGCUUCCUGGCACAAAGCGUGCUCUGUGUGCCUUGUAAACUCUGCCACACCCUGCUCUUCACCAUAUGCGCUCGCACUCAGUUUGUCAGGAAGGUGGGGGGUUUAAAAAGGGGUGAGUUGGGAGAUAAUCAGAAUCAUCAUUGAUGUUAACUAAGUCUCAGGCCAUCGCAGUGUUGAGCCUCAAGAAAUAAGCAGCAAUAAAAGCUGUGUUUGAAGCUCUUGUGUGUUGAGAAGGGGAUUACUUUAAAUACUGAUAAAAAAUCAUUCAAAUUCAAAGGUUAUGAGGAUGUCAGUUUAGUCAAUGCUGUUUAUAUAUUGGGUGAAGACGUGGUGGAAACCAGAUAUUGACAUACACUGCGCAAAAAGGACAACUUUUUCUUCUCACUGUGUUUUAGGUCAGUUAGGAUUAUCAAAAAAAGUUCCUUUUACCAAAUAUAAAAAUGGUGGAUGGUUUUUUUUAAAUAGUUUUUUUGUUUUAUUUUCUUUACCAUCUUUAGCCAUAACAUUGUAUUCUGAAGUUUUCCAAAUUGUUUAAAUUCAUUCUAGUCUUGGAACAUGAAAUGUUCUAAAUUAAAAUCAAUUUUCAAAGCUUCUCAAAAACGCAUCAUGCUCAUUAAUCUGGUAUUUACAAAAGAUGCACAGUUUUGGCAAUCCCCACUGAUCUAAAACAACAAUAGAAUAGUCAAUGUUUCUCAGUGAAAAAAUAAAUAAUUAUGUCUUUUUAUACCAUCUAUGUAAAUAUCUGGUUCAAUAGCAGUAAACCAGGGUGUCAUUAUGAUAAUAAUUGUUUUUAUUUUAUUUUAUUUUCUUCUUAGAAAUCAAGCUGAAAUUCUUCUUCCUACACUCUCCACGUGGUCAGUCAAUCACACCAAAAUGUUUACUGGACAAUCUCAUGUUUCUGUUUUAGGGCAUUCUCUUUAGGAACUGCUGGAAUCAAAGAGAGGUUAACCAGCAACAUUUUUAUUUACAUAAUGUACAGAUAAUUGUGACGUGUCCUGUAUGUAAAAAAGAAGAAGAAAAAAAAAGAAAACAUUUAUUGGGGUUGUUGAUGUCUGUCUGCCACUAACUCCUCUCUUUCACUUCCCUCUCUCAUUGUAGUUACUCAUCUGUGGGGUGCACAAUGUUAAAUAUCAGCCAUUUAUUUUUUUGAAAUCUGUACAGUGUAAAUAAUAAUAUAAAUGUGUAUAUAAAACAAAUAUUCUUCUG